AUGAACAAAACAAUUCUUAACACUCCACAACCACCAGUAUCUGAUUAUUUAGAAUGGGUUACAUACUCAAUAUUAGUUCAUGAAGUUGAUGAAAAAUUUGAAGGAGUAAGAGAGAAAUUAAAACAGUCGUUAGCUGAAUCGUAUGGAACAAUUGAAGGAGUAGAAGAGAAAAAUUUCAAAAGUAUGUGUGUAUCGAAUGCCAUUCAUAUUUUAACACAGAGUAAUUAUAAAAACGAGGUAAUUCAAUAUUCACAAAGAUGUGAUUGGCCAUUAUUACAUUUAUAUAUAAUAUCAAACAACGAUAAUGAUGGAUUAAAAAAAAUUAGAACGAUUAUAAGAGAUUGUACAAUUAAACAAAUUCAAAUUGUUGUUAUUGCAAUUGGAGGAGAAUUAAGAAAUAAUAAAAGAUUUAAUAAUGAAUCAGCUGAAGUAAAAUCUUUUUAUUUACAACCACAACUACCUGAUUGUGAUGUACAAAUUAAAGAAUUAUUAAGUAUUAUAGCUAAGUCAGUAGUAAAUAAUUAUGAAGUAUAUUUAAAAGAAUAUGAAGAAGAAAUUAGUAUUAAACCAAAUAAUAAAUACCUUGAAGAAGCUAAAAGAUUUGCAUCAUUAUGUUUUGAAGCAUCUAUUCUUUCACAAAAAGUAGGAGAUUAUACUAAAGCAGUUCAUUUUAUUAAAAUGGGACUUGGUCAAUUAGAUGUUGCAGGAACAAGUGUUGAUGAAGAUAUUAAAAUAUUAAAAGAUAAUGUUGUUAAUUUAAAAGAAAUUAAUUUUAAAAGAGAAUUAGAAUUAAUUACACCACAAAGUGUUUAUACAGCAUAUAAUAGAUUAGAAGCAUUUAUUCUUAUGAUUUAUAGAAUGAUUGAUUUAUAUUCUAAUCAAAAAAAUUAUUCAUCUCUUUGUAUAAGAUUUAAUCAAGUACUUGGAAUGAUGGAGAAAUAUUUAGAAAGAGUAAAUAAAAAUGGAAUUACAUUACCAUUUUUAUAUAAAGAAUUAUUUAUUAUUGAUAGUUGUAAUUGUUUUUUAGAAAAUACUUUACAGUCAUUAAGUCAUUUUAAAUCUACAGAUAUUAUUUUUAUUUAUAUGUAUAAAAUGUUUACUAUUAAACAUAUUGGUGAGACUUGUUUUACUUUUGAUUGUUCUCCAGAUUUUAUUCAUUUUGAUAUGGACUUUGUUCAUAAAGCACCUCCAUUACCUGAACAAGUAGAAUUACCAAAUUGUAAGAAUUCUAUUUUACCUGAUAUUAUUAAAAAAAAAGAAGUAUUUGAUAGAGAAUUUGAAUUAAUUUUAAAGCAAUGCAUUGAAUUAACUCCAAUAAAUUAUAAUAGAAAUGGAACUAAUUUUCUUUUUAAAAAAUUACUUGGAUUAUUGUAUUUUGAAUUAAAUAGAAGAGAUGAAGCAAAAGAAUUAUUUAAAGAAAUUAUAUUAUCAAGUACUGCAGAUGAUAUUACUAAAUGUUUUUGUUGUAUUCCUGCAUUACAAUGUAAUUGUGAUAAUACUUUACUUUAUGCAAUAUAUAUAUUUUUAUUAACUUAUCAUAGAGAAGAUAUUACUUCUGUUUAUAAAAAUGUAUUUAAACAAAAUAAUGAUAUACUAAAAAUUAUUCAACAGUCUACUAUUUAUUCACAUUUAAAUAAACUUCUUUCUAAUUGUAAAGAAAAUAUAAAUCUUUGUAUUCCAGAAUUUAUUCAUUUCUUUUCAAUUAAUGUUACACAAGGACAUGUACAAUGUUCAUUUGAAAGUAAAUUUAAAGAAGAACUAAAAGAAGUUAAAAUUGAAUUAUUAUAUAAAAACAAAAUAGGAGAUUCUUCUUCAAAUAUAAAUAAUAUAACAAUAAAUCCACAUGAUAUUAUUAGAUUAGAUUUUGAUUUAAAUCUUGUUGGGUUAAUCACUUUAAAUCAAAUGAAUAUUUAUUUAAGUAAUUAUUUAUCAAUAACUAUUCCUAUUAAUCAACAAGUAAUGGUUAGAACAAGUAAACCUCAAUUUACUUUUGCUUUACAACCACCAACAUUUAUUCCUUUAUAUUUAGAAGAUUGUAAAC